AUGACUACUUUUACAAGAUUUACAGAGCUUCCUAGAGAGCUUCGGGAUCAAAUUUGGAGUCUUGCCAUCCGAGAUGACCAUCCAGGAGCACAUAUCUUCGGACAAUAUGGGACCGGAAGCCGUCAUAUCUUAUCUCAGUAUGGUCCAAGUUUUGAUGUAGCUGCUCCUUCUUGGAGCCGUUACUUUGAGAGCUUGGAUGAGAAUCGCAGCGACGAGAACAUUUCGACAUAUCUUGUGGACGGCGGCUUAUGGACCACCUGUCACGAGUCACGAUGCAUCAUGGAAAAGCAUUUCAGACAGUCAAGACGACAAUUAGCCCCACGUCAUCUCAAUGACCGCCGAGAAAGUUUCAGCGAGAAAGACCGGUUCAGAAUGGCCGAGUCAGGCUACUUCGAUGGCAAUCCUCUCGAAAUAGUGACAGUUUUCCCCCGUAGAGAUCUUUUUAUCUUUCAGCUUGAGGACUUGGACAAGAUCGACUGGGGUUACCUUGACUUCGGGUUUUGUGGUGUGGGUCACAUCGCAAUAGAGUAUGACAGAGCGUGGGGGGACGGAUAUCACACAGAUUGGGUUGUUAACCGUGCGCUUUUCAACGCUUGUGUCGAAGCUAGCUAUACCUUCUGGUUCAUUGAUCGCUCUCUGAAACGAAAGAGUCAAGCCCCAGUAUUUGAAGAAGAAUCAGACUGUUCCUGGAAGCUCAAUGCUUUUUAUGCGAGCGACAGGAAGUUUUUGGAGAUCAAGGACGACGGCACUCCAAUGGAGAACUGGGAAUAUGUCGGGCCGUUGGAAAACUCUUUGUACGAUCAUUUAUAUGAUUCGCUUGAGUUUGUUCGCGGGUUAAAGGAUGAUCUCAUUGACAAGUCCAUUGCUGACGGUUCUGAAGCUGAGGACCCUUGUGUCAUUGGGCUUCUCGGUUGGGCCCCAUUAUGA